AUCUAUAGUAAAUGAUUCUCAGUACGGCAGCAGUAACAAUGGCCAAAAAUAUAUCUUCGAACUCUUCGACUUCAAAAGACAGGACAGAUUUAGUAGCAUACUGGAGCGUUCCACUUUUGGAUGGGGUCCACACGGUCGAAUUUGAACACGGAGUCACUAGUGGAAAAAGGGUACUCAGAGUUGAUGGAAAUGAAAUUCUCCGAAGAGAAUGGAUGUUCAAAUUAGUUGGAGAAGAAAUAUUUUAUCUUGGAAAACAGCAAGCCAAAUGUGUCUUGGCAGUUGAUCCACUGCCACAUUUUGCAUUUGCUUAUAGUUUAUACGUAGAUGGAACGCCUUUACGAAAAUUCACAGAAAAACAAUCCCAAACCAUCAGAUCAUGGGCCGUUAUUGCGGGGGGAAUGAGGUAUCGUGUGGUAUUUGAAAAACAAGCAUUGAACGUUUAUGUUAACGGACAAAUGGUGGAUACUGAAAACAUUUUCGUUGCUGAUGGAGCCGAAAUGAAUUUUGAUUUGGGCACCUCUAAAGCUACCAUCAAAGCCGUUUCAACUGACAAGAAAGAAGGAGUCAUUCAUCAGUUGUAUCUGGAUGGAAAACUAAUAGAAGAAGACAUUUAUUGACAAAUGUGAAUUAUUCUUGACACUGUGAUGCACUGUUUGGAACCUUUGGUGUAGUAAUGAAUGUUGCUGUAGUUUUUUCCCAACA